AUGCAGAGGAAGAUGCAGGGCCAUGUAACAGGGAGCCGGGUUCCUCUGGGCCUGCUCCUGGUCUGUCUUCAUCUGCCAGGCCUCUUUGCCCGGAGCAUCGGUGUGGUGGAGGAGAAAUUUCCCCGAGACUUGGGGAACAACCUGCCUCUGCUUGGACAACCUUCCUUGACCGGCCCCUCCAACUCGGAACAUCCUCAGCCCAAACCAGACCCUGGGCCUAAUGAUUUAGCAAGGGCUCCUCUGAAGACAAAUCCUUCUCCAGCACAUGGUUCUCAACCUGCAGGAGGUGCUGGGGUACAGAAGUGGCCCCCAUCUGGGGGGCUGCCCUCCAUGGAUUCCUGGUCCUCGGAGGACCCUUGGCCGAUGAUGGCUGCUGUGGUCGAGGACCCUGUGGGAGAAGUGCUGCCCGAAGAACUGUCCUACCUUCCUAGUGCGGCUGCCCUCCCUCCGGGAAGCGGGUUUUUGCCUGCAGAACCCUCUGCACACCCCGCGGACCCCUCACCCGAGGCUUCACUCCUCCACCAGGACUCUGAGUCUAGACGGCCACUCCGCUCUAAUGUGCUGGACGCCCAGGGAGAAAUCCUUGCCCCAUCCCCUCCCUGGUCUCUCAUCAACAGGACUCGAUGGCCACUUCAGCCUGGUUACCCCUGGGGGACCCUGAAUCCCGGUGUAUCCUGGGUAGGUGGAGGUCCUGGCACUGGAUGGGGAACAAAGCCCUUGCCAUACCCUGUGGGAAUCUGGGGUAACAGUAAUCAAUACCCAAGUACUAUAUGGGGGAAUAUUAAUCGGUAUCCAGGUAUCAAAUGGGGGAUUUUUAAUUGGUAUCCAGGUAUUAAUCAGUUUCCUCCCACAGCUCUUCAUGCUCCUCGCUCUUAUUGGAGCAUCCCAGCCGGCUUUCCCAAUCCUCAAAACCCUGGUCACAGUGGAGUUAGGAGAAUGACAGAGGGGGGACAACCCUAA